CUGUCACACGCCUGACGCGUGCAGGGUAAAAGUGCUUUCCCAGGGUUCGUUCCCAGUGUUGGGAAUGACAGUUAGUGUCUUUAUACGGCGUGGGAAUUUCCCACACGACCGGCGUCAGCAAAGGUUUAAUGUCCUUAGGAAAGAGGCCAUAUUAAAAUAUAUUUGAAAAUGUUCAGUUAGGUUAGGAUCACAUUUAAGGCUAAUGUCCUAUAGGUUAGGCUACGAGUUUGAUGCUUAGGCUAGGCUAGACCUAGUGUGUGUUCUUUAAUUCAUUAAAACGUAGCCUACUAAAAAAAAGCAAGCACCCCAAAUUAAACCCCAAAUGUAUGUUCUAGUUUCCCUCUCUUUUCGUGGAGCCGCAUAGAAUUGUAGCGUACACUCGGACAGGUCUUUGUUCUCAAACAGUUUGAAAUUUGAUAAAUGAUGGUGCGCUGUCCUACACAUUAUAAGCUACUAUGAUCAUGAACAUGAUUCAGACACUGCUCCUCUGGGACUGCAGCGCACGCGUCAUGCGUCACCAAAAUGUGGCGCGUGCUAGAGUAUCAGUCGGACUGUGACAGAUUGCCUGCAGUGCACGCGUCAAGCACGAGGCAUUAUAUUCUCUGGGGAGUAUCACCCGUUGGACAUAUACAACGCAUUGAAGCGGAAAAAGACAAAUCAGACGAAAAGAAAUGUUUAAUUAGGUUGGGGUUUGCUGUUUUACCUAGCAAGUGGUUGAUGCCAGUGCAAUGGCAGCAUAUACUGCAAUUUUAUUCGAAUAGGCUGAAUAAAAUAUGUGUUAUUGUUUCAGUUUAGAUGCAAGUUUACAUUUGUGAGUAUAGGCUAGUCUUGAUGAACACUAAUACUACACUACACACUGGACCUGAAAUGAACCAAACGUGACUUAUUUUUGAAGAACAUAAUAGAAGAUUCAAGAGGGAAAUAAACUAAAUCAGUAUUUCAAAUAAAUGUGUGCACAGUAGCCUAGGCUAGGCUAUUCAUAUUGAAAAAUGGUCAUCCACAGCUGAUAUCCACCUGACGCCCCACCCAUAUCAAUUAAGGUCUAAUGCAACAAGUGUUUCUAAUGUGAAAUACUGUGUUCCUCUGCCAUCUCUUGGUCGCAGAAAGUACAGCAUACUGCAUGGCAACAGUAGCCUAAGGCAAGGCAUCCUACGGUGUUCCGACCCCUACUGUUGUAGGCCAAUUACGUGCAACAUGUACAGUGGUAGGUCUGAUUAGGUUCGAUUGGCACAUAGCCGAAGAUUAGCUAUAGGUGGUAUGUUACAUACAAUGUGGGGGUUUCAGUGAGCAAAACAGUAACAUUUGUCAUAUCACAGUGCGUGCUGUGUAAUGACACAUUAUGGCCAGUAGGCAGUCUGCUACUUGUGGUGACGUUUCAAGUGACAUUUUUGUCAGUGGUAGCCUACUGACACAUGCCAUCCAUCCUCAAUUCUCAUUCAAUCGUUCAAUCACUCAAUAGGCUACUUGGAAUAACGCUGAAAUAAAUCACACUUGUCAAUAAACUGGUGUUCUAAUUCUACAAAUACAUUCUACUAAUUUGUCAAAUACACCUGCUGUUAACACAAUCUAAGCUGAUGUAGGCCUACAGUAUACGGGAGUCAAAUUCGACUGUGAAGCUCAUUCUCAGUCAGUCUGAAUGAAGAUCGCAUGAGUGACAAUGCCUAUCCAGUCAAAAUCAUUAUCUUGUCAAAAACAAUAAUUGUAGUGAUUCCAUGACACAGAAUCGGCUCUUUUGGAACGCCUAAAAUGUUAAUGCCUUUGCCAUUUUACAAUUCAAGUCACAAUGAACCCAAAAUGUUUAGUCAUAACCUAACAUGCAUCAAACUACAGUUGGACUUAAAUGGUAUAUGAGGUUCAGGUACCGAGACAAUGGGUAAAUAGAAUCCUGACACGCCAUAGGCUAAUGAUGAGCGUCAAUGCACCUGCGGGAGAAAUUUUAGAGUUUAAAUGUUGUGUAGGCUGGCCCUGGUACACUGCCCCUGUGGACUGUUGAUAUAUUUGAAACAUACAUUAUAAUGCCAGUCUUCAGUACACGGUCCCGUGAAUGAGUAAAUGCACAUAAAUCAAGAGCAACUCUAUUGGAAGGAUUGAAAAAGGGGGUUAUAUACAGCACUGUACCUUUAACAUUUGAGCCGAUCGUUAAAGGUACAAAUAUCUCACUGCCGGACCGAUUCUCCUCCCCUCUAUGGAUUAUUCAACAAGUUGAGUUCGUGGCCAUCCACAGCAGCCGCUUCUACUAGGCACGAAUUCAUCUUCAGAGAUAGCCUAGGCAAUCUCGUGUUUUCUACCGGCGAGCGUAUUGGUGAAGUUGUUUUUGAGGAGCAGAGAGAGAAGUGCGGUGACAGAAACAUAAAAAGAGGAUCGUUACCAGGUGAAGUAGCGUUCCUUGAGCGUCGACGGGGAAGAAUACCGGAGCACUCUGAUGAAUUUACUUGUCUUCUGCUGAAUUUCGCAACGGAGAAUCUGGGUAGUUUCAGAGGCGCAAAAACGAAACGCACAUUAUUUUGAUAUUGUGGAUUGAGUGUUCCAAUUGUAAUGUACACCGAUCCAUAACAGUUUACUGUAGUUUACCUCCAUAUAAUGUGGGUUUACCAUGACUGUAUUUGUUGGAGAUCAUCUCAGUGCUAACGUCCUCGGAGGUAAGGGGUCCUCCAACUCUUUGCUUUCAAACCCAUUAAUUUGUAAUAGCCUACAUUUAUUCGUCAUGAGGGUUACCUUUAAAUAAUUUGUGUAAUGAAGACUGUGACCUGUCGCACUCCGGCGAGUCAUUUAAAUUGCCCUGUGAUAUGAUAAUGUUUGAAGUUAGGGGCAUGAACAAGAGAUAAUCUCCCAGUCAUUACUGAUAGAUCAACACAAGUUCGAAACGUGCCUCACCUUUUCAUGGUGAACUCAUAAACUGUUCAAAGGAGACGCGGAGCAGCUCUAAACAUGGUGGUUGAGCGGACACUUCUUGCCGCCAGGCAGGGAGAUGUACAAACUCUAAAAGUGCAACUGGCUGAAAAAGUUCUCAAUAGCGACGUGAAAGACUUGCUCGGAGCAUCUCCGGUCCACCACGCAGCCCGGGCGGGGAGGCUGACAUGCCUACGUUACCUGGUGGAAGAAGCGGGCCUGCCUGGGAACAGUUUAGCAAAUAAUGGCGCUAGUCCCGCACACGACGCUGCUGCAACGGGCAACCUAGCCUGCUUGCAAUGGCUACUUACCCAAGGAGGCUGUCGCGCCACGGACAAAGACUGCUCAGGAGCCACGGUUCUCCACCUCGCCUCCCGCUUCAGCCACCACGAGAUCACAGACUGGCUGCUGAGGAGUGGUGAGGGUGACCCCAACCUGUGCACAGAGUCCGGCGCAUUUCCUGUGCACUACGCUGCUGCCAAGGGUGACCUCCCCUCCCUUCGACUGCUACUGGGCCACAGCCCAAACGUUGUCAAUUUCCAAACCAAGAACGGUGCCACACCCCUUUACCUGGCUUGCCAGGAGGGUCAUCUGGAGGUGGUCCAGUACCUGGUGAAGGAUUGUGGGGCGGACCCCAGCAUCCGAGCCAAUGACGGGAUGACUCCUCUGCAUGCCGCCGCCCAGAUGGGACACAACACUGUCAUUGUUUGGCUGAUGAGCUUCACAGAGAUCAGCCUGGCCGACAGGGAUAACGACGGUGCCACUGCCAUGCACUUCGCGGCGAGCCGCGGCCACGCCAAGGUGCUCAGCUGGUUGCUGCUGCACGGCGGCGAGAUCGUUAUGGACAGCUGGAGCGGCACGCCCCUCCAUGACGCAGCCGAGAAUGGCGAGCUGGAGUGCUGUCAGAUAUUGGUGGUGAAUGGAGUGGACCUCGGCGUGCGUGACCAGGACGGCUUCACUGCUGCAGACCUGGCCGAGUACAACGGACAUCCCCAGUGUGCCAAGUACCUGCGCACCGUGGAGAACAUGAGUGUGGAGCACCGUGUGCUGUCCAGGGACCCCUCAACUGACCUGGAGUACAAGCAGCAUCCCGACUCUGGCCUGUCCUCCCCCAACGCCACCAUCUCGGCCUCGGCGCCGGCGGCCCACUUCGACCUGGGCUCCCCCUCCAGCUCGCUGUCCAACUACGACUCGGCAAACUCCAGCCAAUCCAGCACCGGAGAGAAGAGGAACUCCUCGCCCCCCUCACGGCCCGGCGCAGGCCCGUCCGAGUCGGCCAUCACAGACAUGCAAACCUACAUGGACAUGCUGGACCCUGAUACCUCGAAGGGUGAUGGCGGACGAGUGAGUGAGCCACUCCCACCCCCGCCGGCCUUCCCGCCUCCCCCACCUCCUCCUCCGAGCUCACGGCCUCCACCACCCCCGUCUUUCCCAGCCCCCAAUGUCCCAGAGGAGCCGUCUGCUGACAUGUACCUGAAGGUGAAGAGCAACCUGCGCCACGUGGACAGUGACGGCUCUAAGAAACAGCUGCAGGCAGGAGAGAACCCGGACCGGCUGCGGAGGGUGGACUCCAACAGGAAGUCCAGGAGCUUCAAUAAGCAGCCCAGCACAGGGGACUACUACAAGGCCCUGGGCAGUGACUCAACUGAACCCCGUGCCACCAGGAGCAUGGCCCCCAACGAGGAGGGUUCCGUGCUGUUGGAGGAGCCAACAGAGAACAGUCCGAGCCCGGUGAACGGUUCUGCGGAGGAACUUCCCCAGCCUCCCCCUCCUCCCCCCCUGCCUCCUAGCAACCCCACCCCCCCUCCACCACCCCCUCCCCCCCUGCCCUCUGAGACGGCCACUCCACCGCAGUACUCGGCCACAGGCUACGCCUCUUCAGGCCAGCGCCGCUCCUCCUCCUCCUCCGGAAGUUCGAAAUCCUUCAACAUGAUGUCCCCCACUGGUGACAAUACAGAGCUGUUGGCUGAAAUUAAAGCGGGGAAGAGCCUGAAGCCAACGCCCCAGAGCAAAGGAUACACCACCGUCUUCUCCAACAGUGGCCCGGGAGGCCCCAAUGGGAAGCGGUAUAUUAACCAGAGACGAUUAUCUGAGAGGCCUGACAGCCCGACAUCGCCGCCUCAGACCCGCGCCGCCCAAUCAGCAAAGCCCUCCUCCCCGUCCCCGCCCCCCUCCAACUCUCCUACUCCCACCCCCAGCCAUGCCAGCUCGUCCUCUGCGGCCAAGGGCCUGACGUCCUCCCCCAGCUGCGAGCAGCUGCCGCCGACGGUCAACGGCACGGCGGGCUCGGGGCAGCAGCGCAAGACCAGCCUGGUGGACGUGGAGGCGCUGGUGCCCACCCACGACGAGCAGGGCCGCGCCAUCCCCGAGUGGAAGCGGCAGGUGAUGGUGCGCAAGCUGCAGGUCAAGAUGCAGGAGGAGGAGGAGCACAAGCGCAAGGUUGACGAGGAGGCUGCCAAGCUAGCCUCCAUGCCUGCCUGGAGAAGAGACAUCAUGAAGAAGAAACUGGAUGACGAGAAGUUGGACAGAGAACAGAAGAGAAAAGAGGAGGAACGUGCAAAGAACAUGAAGGAGUCGGAGGAGAAGCAGGAGCUAGAGAAACUACGAACCUUAGGAUAUGAUGAAACAAAACUGGCGCCAUGGCAACGGCAGAUCAUUCUGAAGAAAGGAGACAUUGUAAAAGAGUAGAGCCCCCCCCACACACACACACACACAAACACACCCCACCUCAUUCUUUCCAAAUCCCCAUGGCCCUUCAGUCACUACCUGCAGACCACAGUUCUCAACUGUUACCUGAUGGACCAGAACAAACCAGAUUGGGUCUCAACCCAGCUUGCUUGUAGCAUGAACCAAUGCCCACAAUGACAUUGUUUUUGUGCUCCGAUGCACAUUAUAGAAUACUCUUUGACCAUGCAGGACUGCUGCACAAGCAUAGCUUAGUUUCAUUUGGAAUAACACAUGGUAAACCAGUAGGUACUGAGACGAGGAUCAGGUCCUUGUCAAUAUAAGCUCUUAGCUGCAUAUGUUUCAUGUGUAAUUUAGGGUCAAACUAUGUCACACAGACUGGUUUACCUACAUGCUUUGUUUCCUAUUAUUGUGCAGCUACUGUACAGUUCUUAACACGUAUCAUUUUACAAACCUAUGCAUUUCAGCAAAUGUACAGAACUACCGAAUUCUAACUUCAUCUGUCCAAUGCUUAUUUUAUGGCAAACAUGUAUAAAUUUAACAUAACUAAUGUGUCUCCUUAACUAUAAGUUUAAUCAACCCUACAGCAUAAUAUGUGGCACUGCUUCAAUUAGGAAUAUGUUGAUACAUAUUUAAUAUUGAGAGGUUCAUAAAGAUGUAAUAAUUUGAGAAUGCACAAACUUUAUGUUAUCAAGAUCGAUCAUUACUUUAACUAUAUUUAACAAGACAUAAAAAAUAGUUAUGUUAUAUGCAGGCACAUGUUAUUUAUCUCAAAAUUCACCUUUUGGCUUAGGCCAGAAAAAACUGCCAAAAUGGAUCGAGCACUAAACUGAAGCUUAAUCCAAACACACUUGGAAGAUUCAUCCACGUAUGCGAGAGGAGUUUGGAUUGAGUUUGGGCAAAUUUCAGCCUAUCUCUUCUCUGGCCCGUUGCACACUGCUAAAAGACCUGUGUUAUAGUGAAAGGUGUUUUGUGAUGGCUAAAAGUCCUUAAAAUAAAUGUUGACACACUUACGGGGACACUUUGUCAAAUGUUUCCCAGCGUUACCAUCGGGCAAGCCACAGGCACAAGCAUUCUGAGUUUAAAUACAAAAUGGUGUCUCUGUUGCCCCCUUUCUUAUAUUUAAAUCCAUGCCUUGGUUUCCUUAUUCUCAGACUAUGGGACCAAAUCAGUGAUAAUAUCUCUAGGUCAUCAACAUCAUAUAUCUGUAACAUGGCUUUCUUAACACACCCACUUUUUUUCAGAUGGACGUUAGAUUGUGCACUGUCAUUAGAUCCUGUUCAGCACAGUAGACCUCAGAAAAGUGCCGGAUGUGUCUUUUUGAAUGUGUGUAUAUAUGGUCUCUGUCCUUUGUCAUAAAAUGUGCUAUAGAUAAACUUGUCAUUUUAAUUGUACAUUUUUUGAUUGUAAAAACACCUAAAUUAUAUAUGAUAUAUAAAUAUAAUAGUGAUGCAUGGUCCUCAUUGAGUUAUCACUUGGGAACAUUCAAUUAACUUCAUUGGAUGCCAUAUUGAUGUUGAAAAUUCAAAAGAUGUAAAUGUCAUUGCCAUUAGAAGAUUUUUCUACAUUACUGCUGUACAUAGUGAGAGCUGAACUUCCACAGUCCUUUACUGUAAGUGUGUAUCAACAUUGCAUCAGUUUCCUAUUCUCAGCCUUGCUUGCAUAGGAUAUCUGUUUAUUAACAUAAAACUUCCUCUACAGACUGUCAGAAGUAAUUCAAAUAAAAUUUUUAAAUCAAA